AUGCUUGCGACACAAUUUUAUCCAAUUGGUGCUCGACAAGUAUUUCCAUGUUUCGAUGACCCAUCAUUUAAGGCAACUUUUAACAUUUCUAUAAAGCAUUUUGCUCAUUAUAUGGCACUGUCGAAUAUGCCAGUACGAAAUACAAAUAGAGCUAGUUUAACCAUGAAAUGGACACACUUCCAUCAAACUCCAGUAAUGUCCACUUAUCUUCUGGUGAUUAUGCUGUCCGAUUUUCCUAGGACUUCUGUCAAAGAAAUAAACUUUAGAUAUCCUAGAUCACAAUCGGAACUCGAUACAGAAUUUGCACAAAGAGUUAUUCAGGAUAUAAGUUUACAUUUCGAAUCUGAAUGGCUAUGUUUCCAAAAGCUUCCAAAAGUGGACCAUGUUGUAUUACCGAAUUUCCUACGCAAUGGUGUGGAAUAUUGGGGACUUAUUUUUUAUAGGGAAUCAUCUAUUCUCUAUAAUAAAGAAUUAUACUCUGUUGGACACAAGGUAAACAUCGCACGUCUAAUAGCACAGAAAAUAGCAUAUCAAUGGUAUGGUAAUCUCGUUAGUCCUCUUUGGUGGUCUGAUGCGUGGCUGUAUGAAGGUCUGACUACGUUACUCGCAACAGAUGCUAUUAAUAAAGUUGAUUUUAGCCAUUAUUCAUUUAAAGUUAUUAAAAAUUAUUUACUGAAUAGGGUUGAAGUAAUAGAAGUGAUGAAUAGGUGGAUUUAUUCAUCAAAAUAUCGCCCUGUGUUAAAAACGACAAAGAGUGAUUCUAGAUUAGUGAUUUCGGUGGAAGAUACUUAUUUGCGGAAUGAAACAAAGUUAUGGAUACCUGUUACACUAGUUACAUUGCAACACGAUUUUGAAAUGUAUAGGGAUCCUGAUGUCAUAUGGAUAAGGCCAACCAAUGAUAACAUUGAAUCAUAUACUAACUAUGUAAUCGUUAACAAUUUCCAUUGGAUAAUACUCAAUGUAGAACAAGCUGAAAGUAAUGAUUUCCUGGGAACUAUAAAAUAUGUUUUGAUCAGACUCCUUCGUAAGAUUGGGUUUCAAGAAAAUAUUGUGGAUGACGACCUUACUAAAUCUAUGAGACAAGAAGCUGCAAGAUGGGCAUGUACUUUCAACAUAAUGCAUUGUAUACGUAAUGCCUAUAGUAUGUUGAAAUAUCAUCUUGAACAUCUUGAUUCGCACAAAAUUUCACCAUGGUGGAAAAAAUGGCUAUAUUGUAACGGUCUUUCGUUUUCUGACUUUAAUGACGAAGAUUGGUUGUUAAUGUUGAAAGAAUCUAAUGAUACCGCAAUAAUGAAAUAUGUAUCUUGCAGUAGAUCUACUUAUGCUAUGUACAAUUAUAUUAACCUAACAAAUAAUGCAUCAGAAAAUUGUAAUUCUGGAAAUCAAUGUAAGGAUGCAAAUAUGCUAGCCAAAAAACGUGUUAAUCGUUUCUUGUACAUUGUUGCAAAAAACUCAAAAGAAGAUGUAAUAUUUGAUUACAUAAAAGAAAAUUAUGACAAUAUAAAACCAAGGGAAGUUAGUACAGUUGCAACAUUUGUUAUUAUGAUUAAUCACAUGUAUUCUUCGACUAAACUUUAUAAGGUAAAUUAUGUGAGGGAAUUAAUGCAAAAUCUUAUAGUACGACACACAGAAACAGAAAAAUUUGUUAUUGAUACUCCCCAUGUACUUCUUGAUCACGAGGUGCUCCUUGAAGAGGUAAAAUGA